AAUUUAACGGUAACACUGGUCGUUUCCUCGAAAUUUCUCGUAACUUCUCCGCGGACAAUAUCAAGAAACUCGGUUUCUAAUUCUAUAUAUAUUCCUCUAUCUCCUUAUUCAGUUUCAAAACCAUUACCAGCAAUGGCAGAAAGAUCACUAGAGCUCACAAUAAUCUCAGCAAAAGAUCUCAAUAAUGUCAAUCUCUUCGGCAAAAUGAAUGUAUACGCCGUCGUUUACAUCACCGGCGCCGGAAAUCAAGAUCAGAAGCAAAAAACUCACGUUGACAAAGACGGAGAUUCCAAUCCUACCUGGAAUUAUCCUAUGAAGUUUAAGAUCGAUGAGUCUGCUGCGUUACAAAACCGAUUAACUCUCGUUGUUAAGAUCAAAACGGGAGGUAUGCUCGGGGAUAAAGAUGUCGGAGAAGUUCAUGUUCCGGUUAAGGAGCUUCUAGACGGUGAUUACACCGGAAGAAGACCGUUACAGUUUGUUACUUAUCAGGUGCGGAAACCGUCUGGUCACCCGAAAGGCGAACUCAGUUUUUCGUAUAAGUUCGUGGGGAAACCUAAUUUGGAAGAGCUUGUUAUGGCUUACCCAGCGGCGGGUUCUGGAGUUGGUUCGGUGUAUCCGCCGCUGGAUGCAGCGCCGGUUGGUGUUGCUCUAGGAUAUUAUCCACCAACACCAACCGUCGCUAGUCCUGAAUCUUAUCCUUAUCCACUGGACGAAGGAGCGUCUCCUCCCGAAAAACCUAAUAAGGUGGAUAAGUUAGAUGAGCCUGUUAUGGCUUACCCAACAACGGUGGGUUCUGAAUUUAAUUCAGUAUACCCACCGCUUUAUGUGACGCAAGUUGGUGCUGCUCUGGAAUCUUAUCCACCAGCACCAACCGUGGCCACACAUGGUACUUAUCCACCGGCAGGAGUUGCGUAUUAUCCUCCUGCUGGGUACCCUGAACCAUGGGUGGGAUACGCGUACCAGCAACAGCCGGCUUACGGGGGUUACCCUCCGCCACCUGCACCUGGGUACAACGUGUAUCCUCCGCAGUCGGGGUAUGGGUACCCGCCGGCUCAACAACCUCAGAAGAACAAACUCGGUCUUGGGUUGGGAGCUGGGCUAUUGGGAGGAGCGUUGGGCGGUUUGUUGAUCGGAGAUAUUGUGUCCGACGCUGCUAGUGAUGGGGGAUGCGGUGGCGGUUGUGGUGGGUUUUAAAGCCUUACAAAGAUGUGUAUUGGGACUAUUGGCUUGUAAUUAUGGUCGUAUUAUCGAAAUAGAUUAGGAACAAGAAUUGUAUAUUUCAUUUUUCUAGUUAUAUUAUUGUUUCAUUGAGUUAUGUAGAGGCCAAGGUUUGGUACAGAAAACAAAUGGGCCGAAAACAAUUCAUCUGUCGAUAUUGUUUAUUAAUGAUUACUUUGUUCCACAUUUAAAAAA